AUGGCGGGUGGCGAAAAGGAAGCUGCGACUGCUACCGUCUCGUCUGGUGAGGGCGAUGUGGUUGCUAUCGCCAGCGCACCAAAGCGCUCUAUGCGCAAGAGGAAGCGAGUUAGCUACGGCGAGCUGAAUGAAGACGACUCUGACAUUGCUCCUGAGACACCCAAGAAGAAGGUCACAGGGAAGAGCAAUGUGAAGACUCCGGAGAAUGCGGCAUAUGCAGGUGAAGAGAUUGCUGGUAAGGCGACGAGGGUGACUGCAAAGAGCAAGAUCGCGGCUACAGAAGAUGUGAAAUACGCGGAUGGCGAAGCGACGGUCAGGAAGAAGACCAAGAGCGCUAAGAAAGAAGUGAUUGUGAUCGAUGACUCUCCGGCAAAGAUUGAGAAGCCGAAGCCGAAGUCUAAAGCCAGAAAGAGAAAGGCGCGACCAGACGAGCCUGAAUACGAUGAUGAGGGGAAUGAGAUCCGGAAGAGGGAAUACCAAGAUGAGCCUUCGGACAAGUUCCUAGGCUCCAUGGCACGAGCGCUUUCGCAACCACUUCGCUUCAUCGACCGGCAGCGAUUCGAUACCGACAUGAUACCACAAGAGAAGUUCACCAUCGCCGGCAGCAUGCUCAGCAACUACACCGUCGAGAUCAAGCUCAUUCCCCAAUGCUCCUGCCCCGACCACGCCUUCCGCAAGGCCAUCUGCAAGCACAUCAUCUACACGCUUGUCAAGGUCCUCAAAGUGCCCACCGACUCACCCCUCCUCUACCAGCAGGCCUUCACGUCCGCCGAGCUCCACGAGAUCUUCGAGCAAGCGCCGGAAGCCCCAUUCGUCCAAGUGGAUGAGGAGCAUGUCGCCACCGAAGAGGCCUCAGACGGUACCGGCGCCGACCGAAAGCCUAUCGACGGCGAAUGCCCGAUCUGCUACAUGGAGUUCGAGCCUGCAAAGGAAUCUAUCACGUACUGCAAGGCGCACUGCGGAAACAACGUUCACCAGGAUUGCAUUGCGACCUGGCUCCGCUCUCAGCAGCAAAUGUACCACAAGGCGACUUGCCCGUACUGCCGGGUUGCUUGGGCCAACUAG